UUCACAUUUUUAUUACUUCAAAAAAAAUGACUGGUACACAUGUAUCCCCAUCGGAAGAAUUAGACAAGAAUUUGAAAAGUGCCAAGUCGCAUACGAUUGGUGAUUUGGGGUAUAAUGCAAACGUGUUUGCAGGAAAAAAUGAUCAAAUGGUUCAAGUAGGUGAAUAUUUAAAUAACUCUGGUUUCUUACCAAAGGAGUUGGUGCAAAAUGAAGUUUCCUGGUUUUACGGUAAUCUUGGUAUCGAUGACUACUACUUUGCCCUGGAAUCCGUGGAGACCAUCGCAAACCAUAUCAUGGCUCUUUAUGGUGCUAAAAUAUUAGCCUUUACCAAGAACGAGAAUGUCUUGGAUAUCAACCUUGAAAAGGAGUCCGAAGAUUCUUCCGUUUAUAUUCACUCUUCUCAACCUGGUGUCUCUCAAUUGACCGGACCACAAUGUGAAAGAAAAAUUGAUGAAAAGUAUUUGGAUACAUCAGCCACUUCGGAUGCUUAUCGUGUCGAAUCCUAUCGUUCAAGUACUACCGUUCCUAGUGGACAAACCACCUCUCAGCUACGUUGUUACUUUGUGACCAAGUGUCAAUUUAAUAGUCCUUCUCCCACUCCCGAGCAAGAGACUGAUAUUAAUGAAGUCGCUGAUCAAAGUUUCUUGAAGAAGGCCACUGAACACACCCGUAAUAUCUAUCAAGAUGUUAUCUGCAAUGUACUUCAGCGAACCGGUCCAGUCAUUGAAAUGUAUGAUGUGCAAGGCACACGCGAACGUCGUUUGAUUAUUGGUUAUCGACAAAGAAGUACACAGGGAUUCUUUUCUGCUAUGUCUGAUCUUUAUCAUUACUAUGGUCUUUACUCCAGCCGAAAAUAUGUUGAACAAUUUUCAAAUGGUGUUACCAUCAUGGGUUUGUACCUCAACCCUUUGCCAAAUACAAGAAAAGCUCCUAUCGAACACACCAUCUAUCAAGUUAUGAAGGAAACCUCACUCUUGUACUGUUUGCCUAAAAACCCACUCCAACAAUUCUUUAUGACAAACAAACUCUCUGUACAGGAAACCGUAUAUGGUUAUGUGGGUUGGAUCUUUUCGCAGCACUUCCUGAAUCGUCUGGGUAAGGAGUACCUCAGUUUAACUCAUAUUCUUGAUAAUGCCAACCCCUUACAUGAGGAGGUGCUUUCCAAGAUGAAGAAGCGUUUAAGACAAGAUACUUUCACCCGUGAAUACAUUCUGGAUAUCGUCAAGCAAUAUCCUGACUUGAUCAAGUUACUUUAUGCUCAUUUUGCCAAAGUCCAUUAUGUCAAUCAACGCGAAGCCUCACUUCAGCCUACUAUCUCUUAUCAACGUUUGACCACGGUUGAGAAUUUAUCUGAAGAACAAUUACUCAAGAAAAUCAAGUCUGUCACCUCCAACAGUCAUGAACAAUUGGUGUUUGAAUCUUUCUUGACUUUCAACAAACAUGUACUCAAGACCAACUUUUAUCAAACUACCAAAGUAGCUCUCUCGUUCCGUAUGGAUCCCAGUUUCUUACCCGAGAUUGAAUAUCCAACUCCACUCUACGGUAUGUUCUUGGUUGUUGGCUCAGAGUUCCGUGGUUUCCAUCUCCGAUUUAGUGAUGUUGCGCGUGGAGGUAUUCGUAUGAUCCGGUCUCGUAACAGAGAGGCGUAUUCCAUCAAUUUGCGUACCUUGUUUGAUGAGAACUAUGCACUUGCCGCAACACAGCAUCGAAAGAACAAAGAUAUUCCUGAAGGUGGAUCGAAAGGUACCAUCUUACUCGACAUUGACCAACAGGAUAAGGCUCUUGUUGCAUUCGAAAAAUAUGUGGAUUCAGUGCUUGAUUUGCUCAUUGAUGGCCAGACCAUUGGUAUCAAGGAUAAAUUAGUGGAUUUGACCGAAAAGCCCGAAAUUCUCUUUUUUGGUCCUGAUGAAGGUACAGCGGAUUACAUGGAUUGGGCGUCUCAACAUGCACGUCGUCGUAACGCUAGUUUUUGGAAGGCCUUUACCACAGGUAAAAGUCAAUCGUUGGGUGGUAUUCCUCAUGACUUGUAUGGUAUGACAACUCGGUCUGUGCAUCAAUAUAUUUUGGGUAUCUACCGCACUUUUGAUAUCAAGGAAGAAGACUGUACCAAAUUACAAACAGGUGGUCCAGACGGUGACUUGGGAUCCAACGAGAUCAAGAUUUCCAAGGAUAAAACUAUUGCCAUUGUGGAUGGCUCGGGUGUCCUUUAUGAUGCUGUCGGUAUUCAUCGCGAAGAAUUGACUCGUUUAGCAGAUGCUCGUUUGAUGAUCAGUAGUUUCAAUCUCGAAAAAUUAUCCCCUCAGGGCUUCCGUGUGCUUGUGGAUGAAGAUAACGUGACUUUACCCAAUGGAGACAUCGUUGAAAAUGGCUUGAUUUUCAGAAACACGUUUCACACAAAUCCGUUGGCGCAAGCUACAUUGUUUGCUCCCAUGGGAGGUCGCCCUGAAUCUGUUGGUCUGGACAAUGUACAUAAUUUAAUUGAAGGAGGUAAUGGACCCUUGUUCAAGUACAUUGUGGAAGGUGCCAAUUUGUUCUUUACACAAGAGGCUCGUCUCCGUCUCGAAAAAGCUGGUGUAACGAUCUUUAAAGAUGCGUCGGCAAACAAGGGUGGUGUGACAUCGUCUUCAUUGGAGGUACUUGCAGCACUUGCAUUUAACGAUACCGAAUUUGAAGAACACAUGUGUGUGAAGAAAGGUCAACCUAUUCCGGUCUUUUAUGAAGCCUAUGUCAAAGAAGUACAGGAUAUCAUUGAACGUAAUGCCCGUCUUGAAUUCGAAGCUCUUUGGGAAGAACACACCAAGACCAAUACGGCCAUUUCCAUUCUGUCCGACGAACUAUCAAACGCGAUUGUACAAUUGAACGAACAACUUCAAUCGACGGGACUUUGGGAUAAUGCCGGUUUACGUGAAACCGUACUGAAGCGAGCGUUUCCUAAAUUAUUAUUAGACAAAUUGGGUUUGGAAACCUUAUUAGAACGUGUACCUGAAAACUAUGUGAAGGCCAUUUUUGGUGCCUCUUUGGCUUCUCAGUUUGUUUACAAGUAUGGACCUCAUCCCGACAAUUUUGCUUUCUUUGAGUUUAUGCGCGCCAACUAUUAAAGAAAUAAAUAAACAAUUUUUUAUUAUUAUUAUUA